CCGAGAAAGGAUCGCUCUCAUUGGGCUGCGUGCAUCUGCCCUGACACAGGAAGGCCGGCCCAUGGGUCCGCACAGCCGGACACCGCGGCUUUUCUCUCGGGGCUCCAGGCGCUGACCCACUUCUCUCCCCUCCAGCUGGGCGCUCCCUUUCUUCCGAAGCGUCCGGAGCCGCCAGCCCGAAGGGUCCGGACCGAGCUAGGCCGGUAACUGCGCUGAGGCACCAUGACCACCCUGGAUGAUAAGUUGCUGGGGGAGAAGCUGCAGUACUAUUACAGCAGCAGUGAGGAUGAGGACGACCACAAGGACAGAGGCAGGGGGGCCCUGGCCGGCAGUUCGAUGCCCGUAGGUGCUAAGUUGGCAGGCGAAGGCAUCUCAGUUAACACAGGUCCGAAAGGUGUGAUCAAUGACUGGCGCCGCUUCAAACAGUUGGAGACAGAGCAAAGGGAGGAGCAGUGUCGGGAGGUGGAAAAGCUGAUCAAGAAGCUGUCAAUGACUUGCAGGUCCCAUCUGGACGAAGAGAAGGAGCAACAGAAACAGAAGGACCUCCAGGAGAAGAUCAGUGGGAAGAUAACUCUGAAGGAGAUGGCCAUGAUGACCGGGGACCAAGACGACGAGGAGUUUCUGCAGCAGUACCGGCAGCAGAGAAUGGAAGAGAUGCGGCGGCGGCUCCAUAAGGGGCCCCAGUUCAGGCAGGUGUUUGAGAUCCCCAGUGGAGAAAGGUUUGUCGACAUGAUUGACCAAGAACGGAAAAGCACCCUCAUCAUCGUCCACAUCUACGAGGAUGGCAUUCCGGGGACCGACGCCAUGCACGGCUGCAUGGUCUGCCUGGCCUCGGAGUACCCCGCGGUCAAAUUCUGCCGGGUGAAGAGCUCGGUGAUCGGGGCCAGCCGCCGCUUCACCAGGAACGCCCUUCCUGCGCUGCUCAUCUACAAGGGGGGCGAUUUGGUUGGCAAUUUUGUUCGCGUCACUGACCAGCUGGGCGAAGAUUUCUUCGCUGUGGACCUUGAAGCUUUCCUACAGGAGUGUGGAUUGCUCCCUGCAAAGGAAGUCGUGGUGCGGACGUCUGUGCGUAACUCCGCCACCUACCACAGCGAGGACAGCGAUCUGGAAAUAGACUGAACUGACUCUGGUGGCGUAGAUCUCUCAUUGUUUGGGCGGGAAGACACAUCUCUGUGCUGAUUUUUCUUCCUUCGUCUGUCUUCUGGCUUUGCAGCUAUUCUUUGUAGUCCCUUUUGUUAUAUGUCAAGUCAAGAAUUUCUUAGAUUAAAUCAGAAUGCCGAAUCAUCGUGUGGCCAGCAAUAAAGCGACUGAAAAUUGUGUAACAGGGAACCAGGCUUUUGAACUGUUUACUCCAGAUUCUCCAGCACGACAUCCUUGUUGCCUCCACUCACUGUUUCCAAUGCAUCCUAAAGACUGUGUCUUGGAAACUGUCGUCAGAUGAUCUCAGAGGCCUGGCCAGGGCUGGGAGUCUAACUCUAUAUAGUGUGUCACUUGCCACCUAAAUAGUACAUUUCCUUCAUCAAAUGAUUGUAAAUUAUAUUUUAAUUGUAAUCAGACCCACAGUCCAAGAAGGCAGUUAAAUAUUCCCCCUGAGACCCUGUCCUCUAUUUGGGGUCUUAUUUUAAGGUUCUAGACGAUGUGCACCUGCCCCAUCAAGAAAGAGGGUGACCUUUGCUGCUGGACCCAGGUGCCGCCCAAGCACAAAGUCUAGAGUAGGAGGAAGGAUCCAUGCUGACCGCCGUGGAAGGCCAGUUUGACUUACAAAUGAGAGCUGGGUGGAGCUGGAAAGCCUUUUUAAAGGAGGAUCAUUCAAUAACAUACUCAUCUCUUUCUCUUCUAUUUAAUAAAUUAAUUUUUUGUUUAAUGUAGAUUAAAAAAAAAAACUUUCCUCCCAGGGUGUUUUCUUUGUAGGCAUUUUGUUUGUUAAGACAAUGGGAUCAUUCUGAACAUACUGUUUAUAGUAUGGUCAGCCAGUAUAGCAAACCGUUUUUCAUGUUACUAAAUACUCUUCUACAACAUUUUGUAAAUGGCUGUUGAUAUUCCAUCGUAUGGGUGUGCUGUAGUUUGCUUGUUGGUUGUUGCUUAAAAAGAAAAACAGCACAGAAUUUUUAUUGCAAAUCCUGCUGUCACUCACUAGCAGAUGUUCAUUGUAGAAAAUGUUAUAAAAAUGAAUUAAGUUAAAAAUAUUUUUAAAACCUUAUAAUUCCACCAACCAAAAAUAAUGCCUGAUAUCAUUUUACAGGUAUCUUUCUAGUCUUUUUGUGUAUUUAUAAUAAUGAUUGUCAUGUAUUUUUUCCUCUUUUUGCUUU